GUCUACCUGCCCCACGGGCUGGCCAGGGGGGUCCCGCUGCCCCUGGACCCCCCCUUCCUGGAGGUGAUGGCCACGCCGGGCCACGUGCGAGCCCACGUGAGCCUGGUGGUCCGGGGCACCGCCCUGGGCACGGUGGUGGUGGCCGGGGACCUGUUCGAGCGCGAGGGCGACGAGGGCGAGUGGGGGGCCCUGAGCGAGGACCCCCGGGAGCAGCGCAGGAGCCGGCGCAGGGUGGUGGCCGUGGCCGAUGUCAUCGUGCCCGGGCACGGGCCACCCUUCAGGGUCUGCAGGGAGCCACAGGAGGGGCAGGAGGAGGGGGACAGUGAUGGGGACGGUGAUGGGGACGGUGAUGCCAUGGCCCCCUCCCCGCGCCCCUGGGUGGCCCUGGUGGUGGCCCUGGUGGUGGCUUUGGUGGCCCCCCCGGCGCGGGGGUGGGACCGGGACUCGCCCACCGCGACCCUCUCGGUGGAGAACGGGGGGACCUGGGGGGUCUGGGGGGACCCCGAGUUCUGCCCCGGGGGGACUUUCGCCAACGGCUUCCAGCUGAAG